UCCUCCCGGCCGCGGGAGGGCAGAGGCGGCGGCGGCCGGAGCCGGGCCGGGCGGCCUGAGGUGAGAGCCCGGCCGGCCCCGCUGGGAAUAUGGCGACCGGUGGCUACCGGACCGGCAGCGGCGGCGGCAGCACCACAGACUUCCUGGAGGAGUGGAAGGCGAAGCGCGAGAAGAUGCGCGCCAAGCAGAACCCCCCGGGCCCGGCCGCCGCGGGCGGGGGCAGCAGUGACGCGAGCGGGAAGCCCCCGGCGGGGGCGUUGGGCACCUCGGCGGCCGCGGCGGCCAGCGAGCUCAACAACAACGUCCCGGGCGGCGCGGCCGCACCUGCCGCCCCCGGCUCCGGGGGCGUGAACUGCGCGGUGGGCCCCGCGGCGCUGCCCCGCUCCGCCCCCGGCCCCCGGCGGCCCGAGGACGAGCCGCCUCCCGCCUCGGCGGCCGCGGUCUCCACCUCGGGGGCACCGCCGGCCCGGGGCGACGACGAGGAGCGGGACGGCGCCCCGGAGAAGGGCAAGAGCUCGGGCCCCAGUGCCAGGAAGGGCAAGGGGCAGAUCGAGAAGAGAAAGCUGCGCGAGAAGCGUCGCUCCACCGGCGUGGUCAACAUCCCCGCGGCCGAGUGCUUAGAUGAAUAUGAAGACGAUGAAGCAGGGCAGAAAGAACGGAAACGAGAAGAUGCAAUUACACAGCAGAACACGAUGCAGAAUGAAGCUGCCAGCUUAUUAGAUCCAGGCAGUUCCUAUCUGCUACAAGAGCCAUCUAGAACAGUUUCGGGCAGAUAUAAAAGCACAAGUACUGCCUCUGAAGAAGAUGUCUCAACUAGAUAUCCCCGAACAGAUAGGAGUGCGUUCAGCAGAUAUAAUAGGGAUACAAGUGCUUCAGGUAAUUUGGUCUCAAGUAGCAUGUUGGAAAAGAAAAUUGAAGAUCUUGAAAAGGAAGUAGUAAGAGAAAGGCAAGAAAACUUAAGACUUGUGAGACUAAUGCAGGAUAAAGAGGAAAUGAUCGGAAAACUCAAGGAAGAAAUUGAUUUGUUAAAUAGAGACCUAGAUGACAUAGAAGAUGAAAAUGAACAACUAAAGCAAGAAAAUAAAACUCUUUUGAAAGUUGUUGGUCAGCUAACAAGGUAGAAGAUUCAAGUCCCAGUGUGGAAAAAAUAUUUUAAAACUACUGAUUGAAUGUUAUGGUUAAUGCUAGGAUAAUAUUCCUAUGCUGCAAUACAUUAAGUAUGUAUAUUUAUUUCUAGAAAACAAUGGGUGUUUAUUUUCAAAACUUUUUCAUUAUUUCAUAAAAGUAUCAACCCUCAAUUUCACAAUUAAGUAACAUCUUUCAAUUAUUAAAAUGAUAUUGUGUGGUAUUCAAAUAAUAUAUGGUUUAAAGUCACAACCAUUUGAAUAUAUUUUGUCUGUGGUAGUGUGUUUUCUCCCUAAAGGAAUAUACAUAGUUUUUGUUUACAUGAAUUCAAAUACUUUUGGGGAGUUACCUGCAAAUGCCUUAUUACUGAUAUGUGCAAACUUUUAUGUGUUGUUGAUUUACUCAUAAAUGCUUCGUCUGUUGUCAUUUAUUCUUUCAAUUUACUCUCUUAGAGUAAUAGUGUCACACCAUUUUGUGUAACAGUCAUCUUUAAAAAGGAAAGCUAUUAUGAAAAGUCACUUAAUAUCAUGACUAGUUGGCUAAAGAAAAAAUGUAAGAGAAUAUUUGAAUUGUGCUACAGGAAAUUUAAAUAUACAAUUUUGUAUUUGAAUAUUGAAAAAAAUUUAAAUCACUUCUGAAAAACAUACAAUUGUAAUUUCUUUGUAAAAUUUCUUGGGUAGGUCCUACCUUUUUUAUUAUUCCAAGGUUUAUAAGUGAACAUGGGAUAUUUAAAAAGUUGUUUAUUCAUCAUUCCUGGAGAUUAUGUACAAUUUCAAUGUAUAAAAAAGAAUCCACAUUUUAAAUUAUCAUUUGUGUUAAAUAAUAAACCAGUAUUUAUCCACAAAAACAUUUAUACUUACAUUUACAAAACAGUACAUAAACAAAAAUAAUACCAAAAUACUUUCCUUAUUUCUAAUGUGGAGAAUAACACUGUGAUACAGUGUUCUCAUGUGAAAAAAUUAUUCCCCUACCUCAAAUUUAAGGGAUUUAAAAAUUUUUCCCAACAUUGGAUUUUUAAAAACAAUUUUUAAAAAUUUUGAAGAAUUAUACAAAUUUUCUAUUAAAUAAUAAUAUUUAGAGUUGUUUUAUAUUAUAUCCUCAUGUUGAGUAAGGAAACCCCCUCUUUUAAGUACAUUAACAUUAAGAAAUGUCUGUCUGAUAGCUGAAUUGUAAACAGUAUGCAGAUAACCUUUUGUCCAGUUCAACAUAGUAAAAUCCAUUUUGGGUACCCUGCUGACUCAUUUUCUUCACUUGCCAAGUUCCUUCAUUAUUGGCUAUUAUAAAAAUAGGGAAGUGAAACAGUUGGAAAAAUGUAGAGUAAAUUUUGAAUUUUAAAACUCUUUGUGGUUACCUAGAUUGGCUUCUCGCUUCAGAAGUUUCAACCUUGGCUAAUCAUCAGGAUCACUUGGGUUGCUUACAAAGAAUUCCCUGGCUAUAAUUUCUAGCUAGAUUUAGGUUGAGAGCCUGGACAGAAUUUUUAAAGCUCACCAUCUGGUGAUUCUGAUCAUAACCUAGGUUUGGAAGUAGCUGCUGUCCAUAUCCUGUUAUCUUCCACUGAGACCCUAGAAUUAACAUAUGUUAGCUACUAGCAUUUUGUUCCCUUUUAGUUUAUUUAAUAAUUUAUCUGGCCCCUGGGGAAGUUUUCAUAGGUCUAUAUAUAUUUACCAAAAAGGUCAAUGUUAGAUUACCAAACUUGGUAUAGUUGCAGAAUUACUGCAUAAGGACAUCAUUUUUGGAGAACGUUAUCCAGCCUGGGAACAGCAACCUGCUGCCCACAUGUACACCAAGCUCAGUCCCUGCCUUGGCUGUGAGGCACUCCUCUCCCUUCAGUUCCCCUUAGGUAUGUGGCAGAAAUAUUGGUAUUACUUAGUUUUGCAUCCAAGUUUUGGAUGUUGUGAAAAUGUCAGUAUCACCUUAAAAUAUAUUAGUGUGCUGGUUUUUCAGUAAAGUAUUUAAAAUUUCUGUUUAGUCCUUAUGUAAGUAAAGGAAUAUUUCAUUUCCCUUUUUAAACUUAUACCAGUUAUUGAUGUUUUUAAAUACUGAGCUAUUUAAAAAUUUUUCCUUUUCUUCAUUUUAUUGGGAAAAUUUCCAACAAUGAUAUUUUACAUAGUGGUACCAAGUACAAACACAAGAAGAGCUCGACAGCUUAGGCAAAACAAUUCACAUGCAGUCCUUCAUCCUGUCCUUAAAAUGUAUAUUUAUAUCACAUAUAGAUUUUACACUGAAUAGUGAAAAAUUAAAUAGGAUCAGCUACAAUUUCAUUUUUAAAAUUUAUAAAAAGCAUUGAGAUUAAACAAAAGCAUUGAGAUUUAAAAAAGGUAACUUUAAAUACAUGUGCACUACUUUAGAAAACUUGGCUGUUGUCAUUAAAGUGCUAGUAUUUGUGAAAUUAUUAGUUCCAUCCAGAAAUUAUAUUUCUUCUAUUUCCUGGGAAUUUAUGGCAUAAUAAAGCAUAUUCAAAGUUUAA